AUGAGGCAUUUAUAUUCCAACUUCAUGAAGCAUUACAAAGGAGAUGUUUUCACAACUCAUCUCUAUCCAGCUGCUAGAAGCUACACUGAAGGGUUGUUCAAGUGGCACUUGAAGAAGAUAUAUGAAUUUGCUCCUGAUGCAAUCAAGUACUUGCAAGAUCACCACAACCGAAUCUGGUACAGGGCUGGUUUCUCCGAGGACAGCAAAUGUGAUUAUCUGACAAACAAUGUGUCAGAGAGCUUCAACAGUCAAGUGAGGGACAUGAAAGGGCUACUCAUACAUGAGUUACUUGAUGGGCUCAGGGAGAUGAUAAUGGAGAAGAGGUAUCUUAGGAGAAAGGUUGGUAGAGAAUUGGGAGAAGGCAUUUUGCCUAGUGUCAUCAAGGAACCGAACCUAAUUAGCAAACACUUGAAGGUCGUCAAAGUUGCAGUAAGUGAUGAGGAUUUUGCUGAGGUGACCUUGCUUGAUGAUUGGAACAACACCAAAAGGCAUACAGUGGACCUAGUCAAUCAUUGUUGCGGCUGUAGGCAAUGGCAGGUCACAGGAAAACCUUGUAGACAUGCACUUGCUUGGAUCUUGUCCAACAGAGGCUUGAAAAUCAAGGAUUUUGUGCAUGAAUACUACUAUGUGGCUAGGUUCAAAGCAGCAUAUGCAGAUAUAGUUCCACACAUGCCUGAUAGGGCUGACUGGCCUGAGGUGGAGCUAGGAUAUAAACUGCACCCACCACUACAGAAGAGGGCAGCAGAAAGCGCACCUAGAGUGGUCGGGGAUCGAGGGAGUAUGGAAGAAAGGGCAAACAAAAAGAAAGUGAGAUGCAAAAGGUGCAAAGGCUAUGGGCACUUUGAGAAAACACCGCAAACUUGUCAACCAACAGAAGAUGAUGAUGGUGUUGAUGAGGCAACUACGCUUGCAUCACUUAAAAGGGUGAGGCAAGAAGAUGAAGGACCGAGCAAGACACAAAAAAAAAGCAGAAGACAAGUGCAACCAAGCAAGCACCCAAGAAAAUCGGAAGACAAGUGCAACCAAGCAAGCGCCAAAGAAGAAGAAGACUCAGAAAAGAAGAAGCUUCAAAGUCGCAAUGCAAGCCUCUGA